CUUGUUGAGGUGACGGGCGUUUAUCUGCGCAGCUGAGCGGAGCGAACGAGUCGCCCUGGGCCAAGCACAGUUAGGAAGUGCGACAUUGCAGGCCACUGGGUAUACAGUUGAUCUACCGUCGUGGUGUCAAGUCAGGGGUUCACUGGUAACACAUGCUGCCACAGAGUAGCAGACGCUGUGGUGUGUACGGCAGAUAGUGGUGACUAUACGGCUACCAGUGAUCGUAUCGCUGCACAGUCCACGCAACAAGAGGAACAUCGCUCUGUGAAAGCUGUUCUGGCAUAAUGUAGCGAAUGUACAGCAUUACGUGGACAAAUGGAGAAUCAGUGGAUACAUUUAUUACAGUACCGAGUGGAUAACCUAUAUGGCACCUCCCGAUGACUGCCCCGGUUCGAGCCCAAGUUCCUACCAGCUUGUAUGACGAGCGGCUCAUGGACCGGACCUUUAGGUCCGGGAAGUUGAAAAGGUACGACGACAAUACCUGCAGGAGAAGAUUAAUAACUGGUGAGGAACACUGGACUAAAGUUCUGCAGGUAAAUGCCAAUUCAUCCAACUCCAGGCACCUCCGAUGUCGGGGGUGCUCACGUUCCCCGUCUCCGCGGCCUGGGGGCCCCAUUCCCAGGCACCCCAGUCCUUCUCCCCGACAUCACAGUGCCUGUCCCAACAGUCCACCAAGGGACCGCAAGAGACGUUCAAAGAGCCUUGGCAGGACGGGUGACGGUUUAUUUCACAAUCUUACAAAUAGGUUCCGUCAGUGGAUUCAAUCUAAGCGGAAAUACGAGAUCUCUCCAACAGAUUGUAUGCAAGCAGAUGACAGGUAUGUGUGGAACAAGGAGCAGGUCUUUGAGGAGGACGUGGCUCUGAGAUCGUACAGAUCUAGCUUCCACGAUCAGAAUGUGCCUAACAAUGAAUUUAAUUCCGUCCAGGACAACCAAACGGCAAAUCUAGCAUAUAGCAAAGGAAAGACUGUGGUUCAAAUCACAUACUCUGACGCAAAAUCAGAUCAUGAUGCCGACGACGCCGGCGACCCUCCCGCAGACGUUCCUCAUUUGCUGAAGCCUCCGGAUAUUUCUGGUCGCCAGUUGCUCCGAGCCUCACGGUAUAAACAUAGAGAAAAACAGCUAAACUCGGCUGGCCCUGGGUGUCGCCAGCCGCUCACAGGCACCAUCAGCUGCCCGCCCAAACAAGGCCCGGAACCGAAUGACGUCUCCCCAAGGUUUAGACGUCGAUGUGCCACGUGGCCAGUCCAGGGGAGAAAGGUCAACUCUGAGGAUGCUGACAAUGAAGAUCUGGAUGUUUCUUUCCUACACGACAGUGUGUUUGGGAGGACCGUUCUUGAUGGCAAGAUGUCGAUUGAAGAUUUCAGUAUUCCUUACGAAGAUGUAAGCGUCACCGACUGUGUGAGGGUUGGAAGGAGAUGUACAAUUCACAGGGGACGUUGGCAUGGUGAAGUGACAAUCCAUCUUUUCGGUGACAAGAAAGGUGACGAAACUGACGUCUUCUGGUCCGAUCUGACGAAGCUGUGUCGAAUACGUCAUGAAAAUAUCAACCUGUUCAUGGGGGCUUGUACUCUACCUCCAAAUAGGGCCGUCAUCACCAGUGCCCCUGCCGGUUUGUCACUGUAUGAGAACAUUCACUGCAAGAAGGAGAAACUAAACAUUCACAGUCAACUCCAGAUACUGAGGCAGGUGGCAGUGGGCAUGGGCUACCUCCACGCCAAGGGCAUUGUUCUACGAAAACUUAACACCAAGAACGUCUUCCUUGCACCCAAGGUGAAGAUCAGCGCCAUGGACUAUGGCUUUGCAGAGUCCAAAUAUGACAGAAUUAAUCAUUCUUCAAUACCUCGAGGGCAUAUGACCUAUGUGGCUCCCGAAAUCCUUUGCACGAUGGUGACACUACCUCCUCGUUUCGUCACAUCAUCGCCGUACACAAACGAGGCGGAUGUAUAUGCUUUUGGAACUGUCAUGUAUGAGGUCUUGAGCGGCCGCUUCCCCUACAAUGACGUGCCGGUGGAGAGCCUAAUAUGGCAGGUGUGCAAGGGUCGACGACAGGGACUAGCCACCCUCACCUGUACUUCCGCUUUGAAGGAUUUGAUAGAGGACUGCUGGGCCCAUGAACCUUGCUAUCGGCCAGACUUUCCAGAACUCAGUAAAGAACUACUCAAGAAUUCCCCUAUGUACAAACGGCACAGCUCAUCUGAGCCAGAGCGACUACACCGGACGGGCAGCUUCAUGGAGAGGAUAUCGCCUUUCUAACACGUCCACAUGAUGAUGUGUGCCGGCUAGUCUGACGCGGAGGUGCUGAAAACUUGUGAAAACAGAAGAUGCGUUGUUGCCAUUCAGUAUCCAAUUGCAAUGAAACAGUAUACAACCGAGAAGACCACUGGGGAAUAGUGUUAUGUUGCCUUGUUCAACGCCCAGAUUCCAUCGUAACAUCACUGACAUCAUUUGUGCCAGGUUGAACUGAAGCCUUGCAAUGACACCUGAGACUGUUGUCAUAUUACCUUGCCCAUCUGUGGAGAUUCAAGGUUUUAACUCGUCACUAAUGGCAUCAUUUGUGUAUUAAUCAUGUUAUUGUUAAAUGCCACCUGGUCGUGUCUAAAACCAAAGACAGGAUAUAUGUUAUAACAGGUUCUUCAUUGCACACCACCAGUAGUCUGAAAGACCAAUCAAUUAUUUCAAUAUUUGGAAAUUUGGAUAUAAGACAUUUAUCUAACGUCAAGAGUGUUUAUAUAUGUCCACUGAAGCUGACAAGUUAAUUGUCACCUUGAAAAAUAAGUGAUAAAAAUAUUUUCCUAAUUUUUCACUACUUUGUAACACUCAGCAGUCGCUAUAGGGGGCUAAAACAAAUAUACUAUAUAUUGAGAAAUUUGAGGAUCACGUUCACAUUUGCUGUCAUGACAUGUAUAAAUGAUAAAUCUGAUGGUGAUGCAGGGGGUGUCUGCCAUACCGUUCAGGUUCUACAACAUAUCCAGGCGUGCACGUUGUAUUUCUUCGAAGGAUUAUGGAUAUUCUGUGGGGACAUCUACUAAUAUAUACCUGGAAAAUGGUGAGCGCCCCCUGCUAUUUUGGCCAUGAGGUUUGAAAACCUGUCCGCUGGCACCAAAUAUAUGGCAAAGAAACCAGAACAUGUGCUAUUUCCUAUAAGGGUGAUUCUUUGUCUAUAAAUAAGGACAACAAUCAUGCCAAUUUAGAGAGUAGUAUUCAUGAUAUUUGUGGACAUUUAAUUGUGUGUAUUUAUGACAAAAUUGGUACGUGACUUGCAGCACGCCCCGAACAGGUGUGGCUGCUAAGUUGUUGCGACAAAAUGUCCGUAAUGCCCUAACAUGACUUCCCGAGGAGAGAUUGCCAAAAGCGUGAAAAUCUGCCACGUGCCCGGAAAACCUUGUCAACCUUCCUAUGAGAUGUCUGAUGCGUUCCUGGGAUAGUUUUGCUAGUCUCGGUGCAAUGAUCGUGCCAGUUCCUGUAGACUGGCUGCAGGUGGGUCCCGCUUCUGUCAUUUGCGCCCGAGGAUGUCCCAGAUGAGCGCCAGCAAGGUCCGAUAUUAACUCAUGGCUUGCCAAUGGGCUGUUGUGAUGGUGUGUACUGGCACAACUAUGCUCCCUGUCGAGAAACGUGUGAUCUCGCGUUGAUAGCCAGAGGGUAGUUGUCAAUAUGUGGCACGGCGAUAGCAUCCAGGAUUUGACGCCUGUACCUGUCACCCCUCCGGUUCCACUGCACAGUGUCCAUGUCCUGUUUGCACUCAUGGGACAAGCAACUCCACAGCAUGACUGACCCGCCACCAAAGUUGACUGUUGGUAUAAUAUUUCUCGGCAUCUGUGCCAUGUUUCUUCUCCGCCCGACCCGAAUACGUCCGUCAGGGAUAUGCAACAAGAACCUGCUCUCGUCCGACCAGUGGAUCUACCACCAUGUACUCAGGUUCCCGCCAAGUCGCUCCAAACACUAUGCCAGGCGGUCCCUGGCGAUCUGACAGCAUGGACGCUUGGCCAUCCUCUUUGACCCAAACCUUCUGAUUUGAGUCAAAUUCUCAAUAUUCGUGAUAACGAUUGUCUUAGGGGCAUCCAUUUCUUCAGAAAGUUUCAUUUGGCAUUGGGCUGUCGCAUAUUGAAGAGGAGCAGCUCACGAUCUUCUCUAGGCCGCCCAAAUCUGGCACGGUCCUUGACAUCAUUCGUUUGCCGGUGUUUCUGUGCCAUGUGCUGAAAGUCGAAUAAUGGUAACAGAGAUGACAUUCUUGCAUUAAUCAUGCCUACAGUUCAGAAUAAUAUUAAAUUGUGCUUGUAUUUAUCUUUCGAGAGUGCCUUGGUGCACGAGCAAUAUGUACUUGCGUUGAGCGCCGGUAUCGUUAGCAAACAUUCCCACCCGUGAAGAUCCGGGUUAGAAUAGGUCUUCAGCAAUCCAUCGUUGCCUUAAAGGCAACAACGCUAGUCGAAAGAGGCAAGUGAAGGGGUCGGGUGGUCAGGCUCGCUGACGUGGUUGAUGCACGUAUCCAAAUUGCCUGGAUCGAUGCUUAUUAUGUCAAUCACUGGAUUGUCUGGUCCAGAAUCGAUGAUUUACAGACCGCCGUCAUAUAGCUGGAAUAUUGCUUAGUGCGGCGUUAAACAACAAACAAGCAAAGCAAACAUUCCCAACUUAUCUGUGGAUAACUGUUCGUGUCUUUACCACACGGAGUUUACCAAUUAUAUUCGCGGUCGCGCAUGGGUCAUUAACUUUUCAGGCGGUGCUUAACUUCCUUCCAGGAGUACAUAAUUAAGCGUAUAUACCUGAGGUCAAGCGCGGAUACUUUUAAGAAAAGGAGGCGUGCAUUGAUCAGAGGGUCACAAGAUGAAUGCAAGUAAUCAGACAGCUGCAUUGUGUAAUCUCUCAGCUUUGUUGAUAAGACAUUACCGAAUGAGCUAGUUAUGUUGUUGUGCAAUAACUGUACACUUAUAUCCGAUCACCUGUUAUUCCAUAUGUAUCUAUGUUUAGUGUGCUCAGACAAGGGGGCGGAUACAUACGUAUGAUCUGUCUGCAGAUACUUGCUGUGACGUAUCUAAGGAAAACUUUGGCCUACCUGUUCUCAUCGUUGGGUGCUCUUUGCAUGAGAUUGUUUCAGAUGUGCUUGUGACGUAUCGACAUCGUGCGUAUGCAUGAGAUUAUUUAGCUGAACUAAACACACCCAGGGUAUUUUAAGGAAAGUUAUGAGAUCCAUGUGAAAGUGAUUUCGGGCAUUAUUGCAAAAUCAUGAUUUUCAAACUGCGUCAGUCUGUUGUGAUCUGAUGUGAUGUUGCAUGUUUUGGAAUGGUAAAACAAGUUUUAAAGCACUUUUAUAUACAGAUUAAUGAUUCCAUGUCAUACUUCGCCUUGUGCACAGGAUUCCGUGGAUUGUGUUUUGAUAAACAGCGUUUGCCCCCUCUGUAAUUACUUUCGAUAUGAACGCCAUGGCAGCCAUAUUGCAUACCAUGUACUUACAAGCUAUUGUAUUUGAAUGGAGUCUGGUAUUAGUCACCAUGGCUUUUUGAUGCGACAAACAGCAAGAGUGAAAUGCAUAGUCAGAAUUUUGAUGACGUGGAUCUCAUGUCAAUUUAUUGCAAAAGCAUGUACAGGUUAAAAAAACACACACACAAAGGUCAACUUGAUAUGAGUGAUCCUUUUAGAGAAUUGGUGGGAUUACCACCGAAUAUCCAUGCUAAUAUACAUUAAUUAUACGUAUCUGGGUCUGUUGUGCUUUCUCUUGGAGAGUUAUUUGAACGAUCCUGUGCGUAAAUAAGAUAUCUUGUUAAGUGAUCGUACCUAAAGCUGAACGUAAACCAUAUGUGAUCUGUGACAAACAGGAGCAUUCUGUUUUUCAUAAUACAGCUAGUGGACACUUGUUGGACCAUAGCACACUGGCAAAUAUCAGAUACAAUUUGCCUCACGUUGUGCGUGGUGAUGUUCCUCGCCUGUUUGAUCCUGUUGGCAAUACGUCUAUAUAACCACCAUCGACCUGCUGUGGUUCCCGUAUUCGAAUAAUGUACUUUGAAAAGUGUGUGUGUUAUUUGAAGCUGUACUUUCCAAAUGCUUAAUGCUAUUGUCAUGUGGUGUUAUUUAUUAAAUGAUAUGCCAGAAUUCUCUGGCACUUACAAUCAA